GCAAAGAAGUGACAAGAAGUCUGAACCCUCUUAUAGAAAGAAGCAACCUUUCAGGAACUGAUGAUAUAAGACAACAAUAUGAAAAUGCUAUCAGUAAAAGGGAAGAAGAUCCUUGGAUAACAAUAGGCCAUAGAAACAAUGUAGUCUACUUUAACAUCAAAUCAUACCAAGAACACCAGUUGAUUUGGAGACUAGAUAUGGCAGAAAAUAUUUCAAGGUUGACAUUGACACCAAUGUUACCUUUGGCUCAAAUAAUGAUGUGA